CGUCACUCCGUCAAUCAAUUGUCCAUGGCAAAGAUUACGACGAUUACAGUACAUAUCUGUUGUCGGCCGCCGUCACAUCAUAUCUUUAAUCAUCUCAACGCACGCCCCCUGGACCAGGAACGGCAAUCUAUCAAUCAGGAGGCGACCGGGAUCCCGCCCGUGCUAGGAAUUGCACUGUAACUUUACGUCGGGCUGAGCGAUUGUCUCAGGGCCCACGAUCCAGGCACGCGAGCAACACACGGCACCAAGCGAGCCGCACAAUGCCGAACGAGAAGGGCGGCGUGGAGUGGAAAUGUAAAAGACGCAUUGCUGGGAGUCAACAAGACACGCGUGUGAUGAGCACGAACAAUUUCCUCUUUGAAAAC